AUGGUCCGGCUCGCUCAACUGCCACCCCAGCGCCUGGAGCUGUGCAAGUCAAAGGGCUUUGUGGCGGCGGUGCCGGAAGGCCUCGACGCUUACGCCAAUGCCAACGGCGUGGGCCUCACUGCGGCCGACCAGAUCAGCUACAACACAUUCCUGGCCAACGCGGCUCACAACCUGGGUCUGUCUGUUGGCCUCAUGAACGAUCUUGACCAGAUCGGCCAGCUGCUGCCCUCCUUUGACUUCUUCGUCAACGAGGAGUGCAUGAAGUACUCAGAGUGUGGCCUGUACAAGCCCGCCAAGCUCGCCAACCUGCCCGUGUGGCAAGUUGAGUACGGCAGCUCCAGCACCGGCACGACUUUCUUCCAGACCGUGUGCAAGUGCCAGUCCACCUGGGGCGUUAAGUCCAUCUACAAGUACACUUCGAUCAACACCUUCCGCCUGGAGUGCGCGGCCAAGUACCUGUCCAUGGCCUGCCCCUACAGCGCCAGGAGGCUGCUGGCCAACUGA